AUGAAUUAUCUUCAAACUAAGAACCUAUCAUAUGACUCAUUCUUCCCAUUAACACAUCCACAGAACAAUAAUGAAAGAGAGGAGGACUCUUCAAAACGAAAAAUACAAUAUACUCAAUCAUCAUCAAAUCAACAACAUAUAAGUAGUAAAUCAUUAGAUUAUUUUAGUAUAAAACCAAAAUUAUCAUUAGAUAUACAUAAUUUAAGUACUUCUCCAAAUUAUCUCAGUGAUGCUGAAAAUAUUCAUGAUUUUUCAGAUAGUGAAAGUUUACAUUCAAGAGAUGAUUUAAUUGAACCUUUUGAACAAGCUAUAAUUACAAAUGAUGAUUAUUCUCCAUUGACUCCGUUUGAAGAAGAUCAUAAACCAAAUCAAGCUCAACAAAAAGAAUCUAAAGAUUCAUCCGAUGCUCCAUCAUCAACUACCAAUAUGCAAUUAAUAUUACCUAACUUAUAUCCAUACAGAUUUUUAAUUGUUGAUGAUAAUUUAAUUAAUCUAAAAAUAUUAAAUAAAGUUUUACUUAAAAUUUAUCCAAAGGCUACAAUUGUCCAAUUACAAGACUCAACAAAAGUUGAAAAAUUGUUAUUUGAACAAAAUUUGAAAUUUGAUUCAAUAUUUAUUGAUAUUGAAAUGCCAAUUAUAGAUGGUAUAAAAAUUGCAAAUUUAGUUAGAACAAGUGAAAAAUUUGAUAAAAUUGGUUUAAUUGCUGUUACAACUAGAAAUUCAGAAAAUGAUUUGAAAUUAUUUAAAGCUAAUGGUAUUGAUUAUACUUUUAAUAAACCAUUAAAUUUUAAAUUAGAUUUCAUGGGUUCAAUUAUAGAUGAAAUAAUUGAAAACAGAAAAAAUGCAUUAUAA